AUGGCGGGGGGAGCGGGAGGGCAGCAGGUGAAGUUGCCAGCCCUGGCGCUUGGAAGGCGAGAGCAUGGCAGCAUGACAGCUCGAGACAAGCUCGAGCAUGACGAGCUCGCCAGCAGCAUGCAGGAGGGACGGCGGGGGAAGUCGGAAGUGAGGAUGAGAGGAGGGCAUGGGAGAGCAACGGGAGCAGUGAGUGAGAGAAGCCAUCGGCACUGCAUGGUGGAUCAGUCUGUUUCCUCCCUCAUGAUAGGAAACGUUCCCAAGUACUACACAGUAAAAGUGACCCUAGAAUCAGCUGUGGUUGUGAUCGACGGGGAAAGCAAGGAGCGAAGUGUGAAAGUUUGCACCUCCAUGGACGGAGUGACUUUCACGAGCACAAGCUGCAAGGUCUUGGAGGCAGACAACGCUCUCUCGAUCAACGAGACGUAUAUCUUUCAUCCGCAAGGGAGUUUGUUGGGUUCAUUUCUGUUAAUUCGAGCACUCAUGAGCCCUGUCAAGUCAGAGCAGGAAGAGGUUGCGAUGGGGGUAGUGGAUCUGUCAGGAGCGUCAAGCUCUGACGGGAUCAUUCGGAUCCAACGAAAGCUGAAGAGCGAGGGAAGUAAGUUGCACGUCAGUGUGAACCUGAGCAUCCAAGUGUUGCCGCGAAGCAAGUCCUUCUCCAUCUCCUGGGGCUCGGAGUCAGAUUCCAUCUUCAGGCGAUCAGGUUUCGCCGUCUCUUCGCGCGGGCUUGUUAGUACUCCCCAACCUUAUCAGAAGCGCGGGCUGCCCAAGCACGUGAGCUUCUCGGACCUGAGGUUGGUUCGCAAGGUCGCAGAAGAAGCGGAGGGGUACGAGGUGUGGCGAGCGGUGGAUGCGAACAAACGAUGGUACACGGUCCGUCGGUUUCUGGUGACGAAGAAGCAGUGCCGUCAGAUGCUGACGUCUUGUCUUUCUGGUCUCAUCGAUAUGGAAGGUUUCCGAUCUGUUGGGGUCUGCGACGCUUUCCUGGUCGGUCUGAACCAAUACAGAAGAAUGGAGCUCCGGCCGAGCAUGUGA